AUGCGGAGAGAGGUGAACAAUGACAGCAUGUCCCCGCCGCGAGCGAUGACCCUGCAGGGCGCCAAGGGUCGCGCAGUGGCCGCGGCGGCGGGGCGCGCCAGCCCGGGCCCCCGUGCACACUCGAUGCCAUAUUUUAUAGAAAAUUUAACGCUUAUUAGGCUAUGUCUACAAUAUCUACGGGUGAUAUCACGUUUAUAUCAAAACGUCGCCGCCUCCCUGCCGCGGGUGCGAGUGAACUUUAAUUUUUCAAAGCGUCCGCUAGUCAAAUUAAAAACUGAUGUGGAUAAUAUGUUUAGUUUUCGAACUAGAACAGUGUAUUGUGAUAUUAAAGCAUUGUUAGUGAAGACAAUAGUGCAAUUAUUCGUUGUUGCCAAGUGUGUUGUGUUGCGAUGGAGAUGUCGAGGCGGCGGCGCGCGACGGGCGCGGACGCUGCUGGUGCUGUGGCUGAGCGGGUGCGGCGGCGGCGGGUACAGCGAGGGCAGGCGCGACGGGGACCUCCAUAUUGGGGGUAUUUUCCCCAUGGAAGGCGAAGGCGGGUGGCAGGGCGGGCAGGCCUGCAAGCCAGCCGCCGAGCUCGCGCUCGCGGAUGUCAACGAGCGCCUUGAUUUAUUGUCCGGCUUCAAAUUAUACAUUCACAGCAACGAUAGCAAGUGCGAGCCGGGACUGGGCGCGAGUGUGAUGUACAACCUGCUUUACAAUCCACCACAGAAACUAUUGCUGCUAGCUGGCUGCUCCACUGUCUGUACCACCGUUGCUGAAGCCGCCAAGAUGUGGAAUCUUAUGGUUCUCUGCUACGGCGCGUCAUCACCAGCGCUGUCAGAUCGCGCGCGCUUUCCAACGCUAUUCCGCACCCAUCCAUCAGCAACGGUUCACAACCCUACUCGGAUCAAACUCAUGCAGAAAUUCGGAUGGUCACGCAUCGCCAUCUUACAACAGGCAGAAGAAGUCUUUAUAUCAACUGUAGAAGACUUAGAAGCGCAUUGCAAGAAGGCUGGCAUUGAGAUCGUGACUCGGCAGUCGUUUCUAUCAGACCCAGCGGACGCCGUGCGCAACCUGAGGCGUCAAGAUGCUCGCGUCAUCGUCGGCUUGUUCUAUGUGGUCGCGGCGCGUCGAGUACUUUGUGAAGUCUACAAACAUCGCCUGUAUGGAAAGUCUUAUGUCUGGUUUUUUAUUGGUUGGUACGAAGACAACUGGUUCGAAACAAACUUGGAGAAAGAAGGUAUAGACUGCACACCUGAACAGAUGCGAGAAGCUGCCGAAGGUCACCUGACGACAGAGGCUCUCAUGUGGAACCAGAACUCCAACCAGACCACCAUCUCGGGAAUGACGUCAGAAGAUUUUCGGACGAGGCUGAACGGGGCUUUGCGCGAAGCUGGCUACGACAUCGACGGCGAGAGAUAUCCGGAGGGAUAUCAAGAGGCACCCCUGGCCUACGACGCUGUUUGGGCUGUCGCUUUGGCUUUCAACAAGACGAUGGAGAAACUAGAGAAAAGUGGUCUUAGUUUGAAGAACUUCACAUAUACAAACAAGAAAAUUGCCGAUGACAUUUACGAGGCAAUAAACUCGACGUCAUUCCUCGGUGUAUCGGGUUUGGUGGCGUUUUCGUCUCAGGGUGACCGCAUAGCGCUGACUCAGAUAGAACAACUGACCGACAACCAUUAUGUGAAGCUUGGAUACUACGACACACAGGCCGACAACUUAACGUGGUUAGAACGAGAGCGCUGGGUCGGUGGGAAGGUGCCCCCCGACCGUACCGUCGUAGUUAACGAGCUCCGCACCGUUUCUCUGCCGCUUUUUGCGUGCAUGACCGCACUCUGCAUCGCUGGGAUCCUCGCCGCCAUCGCGCUAAUUGUCUUCAACAUCCUGCACAGACAUCGGAGGGUGAUUCAGUGGUCGCACCCAGCCUGUAACACGGUCAUGUUAUGUGGCUGCUGUAUCUGCCUGAGCGCGGCCAUUGCGUUGGGCGUGGACGGUCGCUGGGUGAUGCCGCAACAUUUCUCUGGGCUGUGCGCUGCCCGGGCGUGGCUCCUAGCAACAGGCUUCUCAAUGGCAUACGGCGCCAUGUUCACGAAAGUAUGGAGAGUGCAUCGGCAUACGACUAAACCCAAAGUGGAAACAAAGAAAAAGCGCAUCCACGGCUGGAAACUAUACACAAUGGUUGGAGGUCUACUGGUGGUAGACGUGGCGCUCCUGACUGCCUGGCAACUCAGGGAUCCUCUGGAGAGGCGCGUGGAGACCUUCCCUCUGGAAGCACCAAGACACCACGACGAUGAUGUCCAUAUAAGACCUGAACUUGAACACUGUGAGAGUAAACACAACACUGUUUGGCUUGGUGUAAUGUACGGUUACAAAGGACUAGUGCUGGUCUUCGGCCUGUUCCUGGCAUACGAGACCCGUUCGGUAAAAGUACGCCAGAUCAACGACUCCAGAUACGUCGGCAUGAGCAUAUACAAUGUGGUGGUGCUGUGCCUCAUCACAGCCCCAGUGACCCUCGUCAUCGCCAGCCAACAAGAUGCUGCAUUCGCCUUCGUGUCUCUAGCUAUCGUGUUCUGCUGUUUUCUCAGCAUGGCACUGAUUUUUAUCCCUAAGGUGAUCGAGGUGAUCCGUCAUCCCACGGAGCGUGCAGAGAGCGGCCGGGGCUCCGGGUCGGGCUCCGCCCCAGCCGACGAAGAGCGCUACCGGGAACUAGUCAAAGAAAAUGAAGAGUUGCAGAAACUCAUCGCACAGAAGGAGGAGCGGAUUCGGGUGCUGAAACAGAAGCUGGCGGAGCGAGAGGCGGCGGCGGCGGGCGUGACGCAAGGUACGGGCGGCGGCGGCGUGCUGGCCGACCUUGCCACCGCCACCUCCGACUAUGGCACCUCCACCAACUACACGCGCUCCUCGCGCGCCUCCGUCUCUGACCUUGACUUCUCUGAGAGCUACCUCUAA